AUGCCGUGUUCGGCCGCACGUGCUGCAGCAGUGUUCUACCCCAUUACGCAGUCCGUGUGCAAAGCCAGCGGAUCAGAUCCUCAUCAGGGAACCGCAUCCAAAUGCGGCAAGUUCCUGGUGGAAUGCUGCUACCAGGCAACAGCAACUUCGUCCUGCAUGUUUCUCACCGGUGCAGCACAGAACUACUUUGUGCUGAAACUGGCGGAGGAGGUGGGAGUUGUGAUCGAGCAUCCUUUCCAGAGCUGGUUCAGAGCCGCCCUUGCUCCGGCCCUCGUCUCAUUUCUCAUGACGCCGCUGAUUGCCUUGCGCUUGAUGCCGCCAGAGUCGCGGACGACGCCCGACGCUCCGAAGGUAGCACGCCAGCAGCUGGCAGCCAUGGGCCCCGUCUCGGAUGACGAGAAAAUCUUUGGUGCCUUGAUGAUGUGCAUGGUGUGCCUAUGGGCAACCACAUCCAUUCUUCACAUUCCGCCCGUGGUUACAGCGCUGUGCGGCUUCGCGGGCCUUCUUCUUACCGGUGUUCUAACCUGGGAGGACUGUGCAAGCAACAAGGCAGCAUGGAGCACCUUCAUCUCCUUUGCAACAUUGGUUGGUCUUGCAGAGAUGUUGAAAGCUUUGGGAAUUGUGGAGUGGUCAUCUUCUGUCGUGACGUCGCACAUAACUGCCGCAGGGCUGACUCAGGUGAAUGCCUUUCUCAUUAUCGUCGGAGCCUACUGGGCCGUGCACUAUCUUUUCGCCUCCCAGGUGGCACAUGUAUCUGCUCUUUUCCAACCUUUUCUCGUCAUGUUGGUUCAGACUGGAACUCCGCCAGAUGCGGCUUUCUUUGCUCUGGCCUUUGCCUCCAAUCUCUUCGCGACAUUGACGCCCUAUGCCUGA